AUGUACGUCGGUGGGAAGGAGAUCACCGAAAAGAGCUCCUGGGUGCUCGAGGGCGAUCGGAUGGUCCAGAAGCUGAUCAGAUAUUCUCCAGCGCUGCUAAAGGUCUUUGAUGAGAUCCUGAUCAACGCGGCCGAUAAUAAGCAACGGGCGCCCGAGAUGGACACGAUUCGCGUGACGAUAGACAGAAAGUCGGGCACGAUUUCCGUUUGGAAUAAUGGCACCGGGAUCCCGAUUCGCGAACAUCCAAAAGAGCACGUCCCGAUUCCGACGCUUAUUUUUGGGUAUCCGAUGGUCUCCUCGCAUCUCGACGACUCGAAGACACGGAUUGUAGGCGGUCGCAAUGGCUACGGGGCGAAAGCGUGCAACAUCCUUUCCUCGUCUUUCAAAGUCCGGACCGGUUCCCGGGCCGACCAGAAGCUUUUCGAGCAGACCUGGACGGACAAUAUGGCGAAUAGGGAGGAGUUCAAGUUGUCGAAAUAUGAUGGCGAGGAUUUUACAGAGGUCAUCUUCACGCCCGACUACGCUUGGUUCGGCGUCCCGGGGCUUGAAGCGGACAUGAUUGCGUUGCUACACAAGCGGGUGCUGGAUCUCGCCGCUACGCUGAAUGGCGUUAACGUCUACUAUAAUGGCCUCAGGGUUGAGGUCAAUCGUUUCGAGGAAUAUGCUCGGCUUUUCGUGGCCCCGGAUUCUUCUUUACAUGGUCAACGUCCAAACAAUUAUUGGCACGUAAUCGUGGGCAGCUCGACGAAGGGGAAAGCUUUGCAGCAAAUUUCAUUCGUCAAUAAUGUCCAUACUUCAAAGGGCGGCCGCCACCUAGACUAUGUGUUGAAUCAGAUUGUCGACGCGGUACAGCAGCGAUUGGCCGAACUGGGUCAUCCGAAAAUACGGCCUUCCGAGAUUAAACCCCAUUUUAUCGUCUUCAUCAAUUGCCUGAUUGAGAACCCGUCUUUUCAGGCCCAGACCAAGGAAGAGCUGACGACUACUCCAAAACAUUUCGGCUCCUCCUUCGAGUUGGACGUCAAGAAGCUGCAGCAAUGGGCCGAGGAGGCGGGGAUUCUGGAAGAGAUUUUGUCGAAUACAGAGGCGAAUAAGCGUCCCAAGCGGAAACUGGCCACCGCCGAGGUGGAGAAGCUGAUUGACGCGAAUUGGGCGGGCAAGAAGAGGCGCGACGAGUGCACGCUGAUCAUCACCGAGGGCGAUUCCGCAAAAGCGUUUGCAAUGGCCGGGCUGGAGGCCAAAGGUCGUGAUCGCUUCGGGAUUUUGCCGAUUCGCGGGAAGCUGCUGAACGUGCAGGACGCGGCUGAGGCGCGGGUCUUCGCCAACAAGGAGAUUCUAGCGCUUUGUGCGGCGCUGAAUUUGGAUAAAAAUCGGACGUACGAAACGCAAGCCGACCUCGAUUCCCUUCGCUAUGGAAAACUGAUGCUGUUGGCAGAUCAGGACGACGACGGCGCGCACGUAAAGGGCCUCGUCAUCAAUUUCAUCGGCCACUUCUGGCCAGCUCUUCUGCGCGCCGGCUUCAUCUCUAGCUUCGUGACGGCGUUGAUCAAGGCCCGUCGCGGCGACGAGGUGAUGAACUUCUUCUCGCAGUCCGAGUUCCGUGGCUGGUUCGACCGGCAGCCGGACGCGCACAAGUGGAAAAUCAAAUACUACAAGGGGUUAGGCACGUCCACCUCUCAGGAGGCGCUCGAGUAUUUCCGAAAUUUGGAGCAACAUGUCGUGCCGUUUCGCUGGAGCGCUGGCGACGAUGAGCAGCUCCAGAUGGCGUUCGAUCCGGGCAAGUCAGCGGCAAGGAGAGGCUGGUAUGAGCGAAGGAAUACGGAGCUAGCCGAGCAGGGCGAUGAUGUCAAGGUGUUGCGGUCCAGCGACGGCAUCACCUACUCGGAAUUCGUCGACCAAGAGUUGUUUCGAUAUACGCUACUCAGCAUCCGGCGCCACAUCCCCAGCGUGAUGGACGGGCUGAAGCCGAGUCAGCGGAAGGUGCUGCACACCUGCUUGAGCCAAAGUCGCGACGCCGAAAGCAAAGUGUCGCAGUUGGCAUCGGCGGUCGCGUUGGCGCAAUCAUAUCAUCAUGCCGAGGCCUCCCUCGAGGGCACAAUCGUGCGACUGGCUCAGGAUUUCGUCGGCGCCAACAAUGUCCCGCUUCUGCUGCCAAUCGGCCAGUUUGGCACUCGAUUCGCUGGUGGAGAGGACGCCGCUUCGUCGCGCUACAUUUACACCAAGUUGAGUCCCGUCACCCGGUUGCUGUUUCCGGCACAGGAUGAGCCGAGCCUGGAAUUUGUGGUUGAGGAGGGGCAACGGGCCGAGCCGAAAUGGUUGUGUCCCGUGGUACCUACCGUAUUGCUCAAUGGAUGCGAAGGACUGGCAACGGGAUGGUCCAGCUCGGUCCCGCCCUACAAUCCAAGCGACGUCAUUGGAAACGUCAGACGCUUGAUCCAAGGAAAACCGACGCACAAGAUGAUUCCGCACUUUCGAGGCUUCACAGGGGGCAUCGUGGCCGAGGAAGAGCAGAAUUCCUACAAAGUCCAAGGCGUCAUUCGUGUGCUGAAAAUUCACGGUCCCGAGCGAACCCGUAUCUGCAUCACGGAGCUGCCGGCGCGCGUCUGGACCGAGGACUACAGGCGCGAAGUGAUUGUUGCGUUGCAGAAAGAGGGCGUCAUAAAGGACCUCUCCGAGCAACACACCGAGAACAAAGUGCACUUCGAAUUCGACCUCAUCCACCCACCACUUUUGCCCGCCAACUUGCGCAUCGCCGGGAUGGGCGCCCGGUUUCUGGCCGACCCACAACUACGAAUGGCGCGCACGUUGAGGACAAGUAAUAUGGUGCUGCACGACCCGGCUUCUCUCAUCAAACACUACCAAUCCACCGACGACAUUUUUGCCGACCACUUUGCCGUCCGCCAUCGCCUCUAUGAGGAGCGAAAAGCCCGCGAAAUGACCGGGAUCGAGGCCAAGCUUACGGUGGCUCGUAAUCAGCAUCGCUUUAUGGCGGACGUGAUCGAGGGACGACUGCAGCCGAACGACGACGAGAUCGUCAGCCGUCUCGUAGAGCGAGGCUACGAUUCGGAUCCACGGAGGGUGGGAAAGAAACCCGAGUACGACUACCUGAUCGACGUGCCCAUCCGAAGACUGCGACGGGGCGAGAUGUCGAAGCUCGAAGCGGACAUUCGACAUCUGGAAACACGUCUUCAAUCUACCCAGUGUAGAACCGUCAUCCAGAUGUGGUCGUCCGAUUUGGAUAUUGUCGAGCAGGAGCUCCGAACGUCUGCCUCCCCGAAACGC